UUCUCCCGGUCCCCUCUUGCUCUUUCGGACAUUGCACUAAAAGAGCUGCACUCUGGAAAACCACAUCUUGUUUGGAGAAGAGGCCGGUUUGGAACCUUAGGGUACAAAUUCUCCUUUUCAAGCGCCUAGGAUAGAUUCGAUUAAUGAGCCCGGAGUACCCUGUUCCUGCUGACACUGCCGUUUUUCACUUCCCUGCCUUCCCACACUUCCAAAAUCAUUAAGCAGGGAGUUCUCGGAGAUUUAUGAGUCUACUUUGAGCUAGAGGUGAGUUUGACGCCGGGGUUGGAGCAUGGCUGUAUCCCUGGACCCUCUGAUCGACGCUCCGCUGGAGCGGGAGGAAUGCUUAAUAAUGAAGAUGGAAAAGGACCCCGAGUGGGCAGCGGAACCCACUCUGGAAGGAUCGGAGAGCUCUGAGUCCGAGACCUUUCGCAAAUGCUUCAGGCAUUUCUGUUACGAGGAUGUGACUGGACCCCAUGAAGCUUUCAGUAAACUCUGGGAACUUUGCUGCCGGUGGCUGAAGCCAGAAAUGCGUUCCAAGGAGCAGAUCCUUGAACUGCUGGUGAUUGAACAGUUUCUCACCAUUUUACCGAAGAAGAUUCAGGCGUGGGCACGGAAGCAGUGUCCGGAAAGUGGAGAGGAGGCGGUGGCCCUGGUAAUACAUUUGGAGAAAGAGACUGGACGACUAAGACAGCAGGUUAGCAGUCCUGUGCACUCAGAGAAGCAGGUCCCACUGGGAGCAGCAUGGGAGGUAACGGACUUUCAGCCAGAGCAGGUGGAGACUCAACCCAGGGUGGUGUCUUUGGAGGAAGCUGGAAGCCUCCACUCAGGACAUGAGGAGCAGCUGAACCGAAAGAGAGAGCAUCGGCCCUUACCCAAGAUUGCUCGGCCUUCUCCCUGGGUUCCUGCCCCUGCUAAUGAAUGGAACAGCGUGAAUCAGGAAAUAACCACCACACGACUACCUAUUGUGUCUCAGGGACCAGUGAAAGAUGUCCACAUGGCGAGAGGUUUUUCCUACAAAAAGAGCGUACAUCAGAUUCCCGCUCACAGAGACCUGUACCGGGAUAUUAGGAAAGAGAGUGUUGGGAACAUGGUCUCCCUGGGAAGUACUGUGUCUGUGUCUAACAAGAUUGCCCGGUUGGAGCAAAGAAAGGAGCCAUGGACCUUAGGUUUACACUCUUCUAACAAAAGGAAUAUUAUUCUACGAAGCAACCACGUCAAGGAGAAGCCGGUUGGUGCCACUCAGAUCCCGGCGCGCAGUGUGGGGAGAAUGUGGGGUGAGCAGCAGCACUGGGGUUUAGAAGAUGAAAAGAUAGCAGGCGUGCAUUGGAGCUAUGAGGAAACGAAGACUUUCCUCGCCAUUCUCAAGGAGUCUCGCUUUUAUGAGACGCUGCAGGCUUGUCCCCGAAACAGCCAGGUGUACGGGGCUGUGGCCGAGUGGCUGCGCGAGUGUGGCUUCCUCCGAACGCCAGAACAGUGUCGGACCAAGUUCAAAAGCCUCCAGAAGAGCUAUCGGAAGGUGAGAAAUGGCCACAUGCUGGAACCCUGUGCCUUCUUUGAGGACAUGGACGCUCUGUUGAACCCUGCAGCCCAUGCUUCAUCUGCUGAUAAGCCAAAGGAAAUUCUCUCUCUCCCCAGACUAAAGAGAGUUGAUAUCAGUGCUAAAGAACAGAUCAGUUUGGUGGAGGAAGAAGACGCCGCAGAAGAAUCUGAUGGUGAUGAAAUGGGCAUUGAAUUUAUCCAGAAGUCUGAGAUUCGUGGUGCCCCUGUCUUGUUUCAGAACCUGAGUGGUGUGCACUGGGGGUACGAGGAAACCAAGACUUUUCUUGAUAUCCUCCGUGAGACUCGGUUUUACGAAGCUCUCCAAGCCUGUCAUCGGAAGAGCAAGCUGUAUGGGGCCGUGGCGGAACAACUUCGGGAGUGUGGCUUCCUCCGGACACCGGAACAGUGCCGGACCAAGUUCAAAAGCCUCCAGAAGAGCUACCGCAAAGUGAAAAACGGUCACGUGCUGGAAUCGUGUGCGUUCUACAAGGAGAUGGAUGCCCUGAUAAACGCUCGGGCCUCCACUCCUUCCACCAACACUCCAGAAGUCCCAUCACCUUCAGGGCAAGAAGGAGAGGAUGUUGAGAUUGAACCCCAGGAACCGACAGGCUGGGAACCUGAGGAGGCCUCACAAGAGGCGAUGAUAGAAGAUUCUGGUAGCGAGAGAAUGAGUGAGGAGGAAAUUGUGCAAGAGUCGGAAUUCCAGGGGCCUCAGGGUCUACUGCAAAGCGAUUUUGAAAUUGGAGGUAGUAUCAAGGAGGAUACAACACAGGUAAUAUAUAAGGACUUGGAGCAGCAUAGGGCAUUAAUAGAAAAGUCUAAAAGGGUCAUUUCCCAGAACGCUGAUCCAGGUAAAUACCAUAAAAGGGAAUGCAUCUCAGGAAGACAAUGGGAAACCCUUCAAGGCUUCAGACAGGGAAAGUUGAUGUCUCAGCCGAGAGAUUUAGGGAAAGCUGUAGUGCAUCCGAGGCCUUUCAUGGGGAAGAGACCCUACCGACUGCUCAAAUACGGAGAAAGCUUUGGAAGGAAUGCUCGUCUUACGUGCCGGAUGACCCACCAGAAGGAAAAUCCUUAUAAAUGCAGUGUCUGUGGGAAGUGCUUUGGUAGAAGCAGGAGCCUAAUCAGACAUCAAAGAAUCCACACCGGAGAAAAACCUUUUAAAUGUCUUGACUGUGGGAAAAGCUUUAAUGACUCCUCCAACUUUGGUGCCCACCAGAGAAUCCACACCGGGGAGAAACCCUACAGGUGUGGGGAAUGUGGAAAAUGCUUUAGUCAGAGCUCGAGUCUUAUCAUACAUCAGAGAACCCACACUGGAGAGAAGCCCUAUCAGUGUGGGGAGUGCGGGAAGAGCUUUACCAACAGCUCCCAUUUCAGCGCCCACCGCAGGGUGCACACUGGCGAGAACCCCUACAAAUGUGUGGACUGUGAAAAGAGUUUCAGUAACUGUACAAGAUUCCGAGAGCAUCGGAGGAUACAUACUGGAGAGAAGCCCUAUGGCUGUGCCCAGUGUGGCAAACGUUUCAGUAAGAGUUCUGUCCUCACCAAACAUCGGGAAGUUCAUUCGAGAGAAAAGCUUCUGCCACAUCCACCCUCCAUGUAUUCCCCGGAGAACCCACCUAAGGGAAAGACUGAUGAAUUCAGGAAAACUUUUUGACGUUGACCUCUUCUCCUCCUAUGUGCCCCAUUAGCCAUUUUUUCCCCACCGUCACCCUUGGAAGCGGUCUUUUCUUAGCUAUGAAGUGUUAAUUCCCAAGACAAGCUUGAGAAUAUAAAUCAGCUAAGAGACCACCUCGUCUUCUCACCUCCGCCUCUAACUUUACCAGUCUGUUCCUCUCAACUUCUCCCUUAGCAAAGUGGAGAAGACUGUCCUGUCUGGGUUCCUUCAGUAUGUCGAGGCCUCUGCUGUGGGACUGCCAAGUCCAGCAACAUUCAAGGUCCCUCCAUGUAGCUGAGAGUUGUUUUCAAGCAGACCUGACAUGCUGAAAGUUUCCUCUUGUCCACCACGUGGGAGCCCGGAUGCAACUUGAUCCCAGAUUUCUUGUUGGAGUAGAACUUUCAGGAGUCUGAUCAGGAUCAGGACAACACCACGUGCAUCUUGGUUUUGAAGAUACUUGGGAGAUUGAGAUUCUACAGCUUCCUUUAGAAGUCUGUUGCACUAUACGCUUUUGUGUCACAUCAAUCCCCACAACUAGGGUGAGUCCCCGUAUUGUCCCUGAAGCCACAUUACUAACGCCUCGCCCUCCAUAGAGAUGAGAAGAAAAUGACCGUGACCAAUCGGACCUUUUCUGGACCUGAAGACGACCCCCUUGUCUGCUGCUUCUCCAGCCCCUGAGUAAUCCAGUUCCUCUUAUCAUUUCUUGAAAGUCCUACACUUACCUCUUAGGUGUUCUGGGUGCUCUCGUCUGACUCUCCUGAGCUACCAGGCCCUCCCCAGAUUAAAUAGGAUGCAUGCCCGUGGUGUGUCUCAUUAAAAGAAAGUAGAAUCUUAGACAUGUUCUACCCUACCUCUGCUCUAGUUCUUACCUAGAACAUGACUGGCAUGUUGGCAUAUUUUAUGCCUCCCAACCCCACACUUCAGUAUAAUGUUAUAUAUUAAUAGUUUUCUCAAACUUUAAGGGGGUAGGGAAGAAGUGUGGUAGAAACCGGAAACCUUCACUAUUUCUAAGACCAGUCGGACUCCUUAGGCCUGCUCUAGAUCAGAUAGCUGCUCAUUCAGACCACCACCUCCAGGGCUGUUUGUUAAAUACAAUCAGCCUUUUCUGAGGCUUCUAGUCCCUGUUGAUAGGAUUACCCACCUAACUGUAGAGCCCAGAGUAAUUUAUAGAACUCUAUAGCUUACUGAGUGAAAGUGGAAAGAUUUACAGAAAUUACAGAAACUUCCAGUCUAGAACACUAUUGUCGUUUUCCUCAUUUACGUAUUUGUCCGAAAAACCUCUUUGAUAAUCCCCUAGCACUAACCCAACAGGUAUUGAAGGAAGAGUCAAAAUGGGGAGGGGAGAGGCAGGGAGGUAGUUAAUUCAUUCCUGGAAGUUACAGAUGAAACCACAGAAUCUGGUCUUCCAAGGCUGGUUGCUCCAGGAUGAGGCCAGUGACAUUUAUGCCCUUACUAUGUAAGUAAUCGGGGGCGGCUUUGCUUUGGGGAGGGGAAGUCCCAAGUUUGGUGGAAGGACAGCCAGAGUCAGGGCUGUGCAGAGAUUCUUUUGAUCUGAUCUCUCCUCUCCUUUGUCAGAUGUUAUCGUAUUUGAAGACAUCUGGAGAUCAUAUUUUUCCUUUGAGGAUGUUUGAAUCUUUCGAAGCCGGUUCAGCAGAGUUCCGAGGAGGGCAGGCAGUGUAGAAAGAAAUCCCAAAAUAGGGUGUGGCCUGCUGGAAGGCAGGUGACUCAGGUACACAUUGAUACAUGUUUCCGAUUUACAUUCGUUGGAGAUGUUACAACUGUUCCCACCUCAGUAGGUUGAUUUCCUACGUGUGCUCUGAAUCCUAGGCUUCUAAUGGUUAAGUGCAGUGUCAUGUCGUUUGUGUGCCUAGCACAGUGAGAUGCGUGCAGUGCCUGUGGGCGUGUGCUUGUAUCGUGUCGAUGUUCUGGAAUUCCAGCCCUAGAGAAGAUGCCCAUGAAUAGAAAUCACCACUUAGUAAGACAUACACAGGAUUGAUAAUUAUAUGGAAGCAUGAUUCAGGAAGGUAGAUGAUUUAUUCCUAAGUAUGUAUUAAGUACUGUUCCGUGUAAGACCGUACUCCAGGCACAGUGAGGGCGUGCGAAGACAGACUCGGUGGCCUGGCUCAGGGAACUGGCGGUGUGACAGAGGAGGCACUGCAGCAAAGGUAAUUAAUGCUCGUUCCCUUCUCGGCACUUGCAAAAGGUCAGUGACUCCACCAUGAGAAAAUCACGUUCUUCUGAAUUGCCUCAAACUGUGUACCUCUGCUCUCCGACGUCCCCAGUGGCAGGAAAAGUGCAGGACCCAUUCCAUCUCAGGUGGAACAGACUGAGUCUGUGUGAGUUUCAUUCGUCUGGAGCCACACAAAGGUGGAGCCCGGGUUCCCCUGCCUGCGUUCCUAGUGGUAAACAGGCUGUCUGGACGUGGGCUAAGUUGCCUUCAUGAACUCUGUCUCUGUGCUGAAGAAAUAGAAGGUCCUGCCCACCAUCUUAGACCAAGAUGACUUGCAUCUUGUCUUUUCUCAACUGGAGCAUGAAAGUCAGAAUGAAUAAUGUGUCUUUUAUAUCACAUAGCAUUGCCUUUAUGAAGAUCCAUAGGAAAAGGUUUUUCUCUGGGUCUCAGUACCAGGGAAAGCUCUGAUCCUAAAUAGGAAAAAAAAAAAAAAAAGGAUUACAAACACUGUGAUUUUUAUAACAUUGCUUUUCUGUCUUUGUUCUGGCUGCUGGAAAGCUCAACAAAACAUACCAAGCCACCUCAGCCAACUACCUAAAACCUCUAUUUGUUUAAUCCUAUCUGAUUUCUUUGAAAUUUACCCCAAAUCCUAUUUUUUAAAAGCAGUAUAAGUAACCGGACAUUUUAUUCUCUGACAUCUUACCCAGGGCACUUUGGAAACUGGCUUGUAUUCCCUGCCUACACUUGCUUUGUUACCCCCACAAAUACCUCCAGUUUCUACCAGUGAUUUUAUUACACAUACAACCUGACUUGUUCAUAAAUCUUUAAAGAAGGAAACUUCACACAUUCGCUUAAACCGCUCAGGGCGGCCUGCCCUGGGGGAGCAAGCAUUAGACCAGAAGCCAAAAGGGACACAUUUCAGUCUUGUCGCUAUCACUUACUGAGUGUUGUUUGACAAACCUCAGCCUCUCUGGGCUGGUGUUCCUUAUCCGGAGAGACGUUGAACUUGAUUGCUGAGAACGCUCUGGCUCUAGUGUUUAGUGAGACUGUGGCGGGGUGUAGGUCAGGAAGACGAUGCAUAUGUAUGCAUCUAUAAUGCAUGUAAGACUAGGUAGCCAGCCUGGCUUGCCCCGGCAGGUGGCAUCCAGGCCACACUGAACCUACUUCAUACUUUAGGAAGAGGGAGGCCGUGAGCAGCCCGGGAGCUUGUGCAGUGAUGAGAAAAGACACAUGUUCGCCAGCAGGCAGCCCCUGGGGCUCCUUGGUAGCCGACGGCAGGUAGCUGCAGUGAAGAAAGCCUGGAUGUGAGGUCUGAUGCCCAGUGAUGAACGGGACUCCGCUAGGAAGGAGCUGGGGAAGCCCCAGACUCAAGGCGUGUGUGAGCAGCUUGCGUGGCUGUUAGCUUUGGCCUCUGAGUUCAUUCCAGGUAUAAAUGUAUGUCUCUUCAUUGUUUUGUAUUCACGUUCACUUAGAUGUCUUCUUGAAAACUUGUCUGUGAAAUAAAUGUCAAAAAUAAAUGA